GAUGAUUAUGUGAAUCAACUAUUUUCAUAUGAAAAAUUCUCCGUGAUUGCUUAUGAAAAAGUCAUUCCAGCUUUCACAAAACUUGAUAAACAAUUGCUAGCUUCAGAUAAAAUACCUACAGAAUGGUCAGCAAGUAUUAGUACAAGGCUUGUUCCUGGAAUUACAAGUUUUCAUCAAGAACAAGAUAUAAAUGGUUGGAUGAUAAAUAAUAUAACCAUAAAUUUACCAAAUUGGAUAGAAAAAUAUCAAAUGGGGAAUGGUCUUUUAGUAACCCAAGACGGACUAACAUAUAGCAAGGAAAAGGCUAUAGAGUUUUUGUGUGAACCUGAAUUUAACUUUAGUGAAUCAACGUCAUUGAAAAUAUUUCAUAUAGAAAAUCAAAUAGAUCUAUUAAUGAGCAUGAAUAGAAUAGACAUUAAUGAAAAGCAUGUCUUUCAAAUUAAUCCGUUCGUUUUAUUAGACGUAUUCGAUACGAAAAACGAGAUUGAAAAAGCAUUAGGAAGCAACAAACCAUACACAGGAUUAACAGAUAUUUUUAAUAAAUAUGGUCAUUAUUUUUGCAAAAAUUAUAUAUUUGGUAAAUGUCUAGAAUCAAUGUGUUAUUCUUAUUCUGAAUUACCAAAAGAUGUGUUUAUAAAUUUUCAGCAGUCCAAGGCAUCAAAAGAACUGGACUACUUGAUAGGAACAUGGAAAAAGUUUCAGUCAGAAUUUAAUGUAAACGCAUUUUCAGGUGAUCGUUCUAUUGUUAAACCUGACAGCAUUGAAAAAUGGUUAAAUGAAACUAAUUAUCCUGAAACCUGGUAUGUUGUGAAUCGAUCAAAGUUAAUACCAAUAUGGGAACUUCUUGAUUCGAAUAUUCAAGAACAAAUUAGUGAAUUAACAAAAAACGAAGGGCGGGUUUUAAUGACUGGUGAAGAAAUGAUAAAAAACGAAAUUAAAUAUCAUAGAAUCAAGUUUGACACACCUUUACGAAGCAACAAAUAUCAAAUUAUUGGAUCUAUUGUCACAGACGAUUACAAAAAAACCAAUCUAACUGUUAAAUUUCGACUGAUGGAUUGUUACGGUUUUUUUGCUAUUAUUGAAGAACAUAAAGAUUUAAACGAUGCAAUUAAUAG